AUGGCUACAACAGGGUACGCCGGUCAGGUCGACGGCGAACUCAAGAAGAGAGGGCCCGGUGAAAGCCAGGUUCCCCUCGUUCCAACAAGUCCGGAUACCGAUGCUAAGAAGAAGCAGCAGGCUGGUAAGCCUGCGAAGAGUUUCAUAGAUGAAUAUGAACAUGUCUUCGUUUGUUUAUUAUUUACAGCCGUCUCCAUCUUCACUAGAUUAUGGAAGAUUGGCUUAUCUAAUAUCGUGACAUGGGACGAAGCCCAUUUUGGUAAAUUUGGUUCUCACUACCUCAAGAGGGAGUUCUACUUCGAUGUCCACCCACCUCUCGGAAAGAUGUUGGUGGGUCUGUCUGGUUACAUGGCUGGUUACAAUGGCUCCUUCGAAUUCAAAUCUGGCGAAACAUAUCCCGAAGAAGUCAACUAUACUUUCAUGAGAAUCUUCAAUGCUGCCUUUGGUGCCCUCUGCGUCCCCGUUGCUUUCUACACCGCAAAAGAAUUGAAGCUUUCCAGAUAUGCAACCUGGCUUGUUACCCUGAUGGUUCUCUGCGAAAACUCGUACACCACCAUCAGCCGUUUCAUCCUCCUCGAUUCUAUGUUGCUCUUCUUCACUUUCACUACCAUGCUCUGCUACGCCCGUCUCACCGCGCUUAGGAACCGCGAGUUCACGGGGCAGUGGUGGCUUUGGCUCAUCCUUUCUGGUCUUUCAAUCGGCUGUGUCAGCAGCGUCAAGCUCGUCGGUCUCUUCGUUACUGCUCUCGUUGGCCUCUACACUGCCGAGGACCUCUGGAAUAAGCUUGCUGAUACUAAGAUGCCCGUCACAACCUACGCCGCCCACUGGGUCAGCCGCAUCUUCGGUUUGAUUAUUCUGCCAUUCUGCGUCUAUAUGCUCAGCUUCAAAAUCCACUUCAUCAUCUUGGAGAAUUCCGGCCCUGGAGAUGCCCAGAUGAGCUCUUUGUUCCAGGCCAAUCUCAAGGGCACCGACUUCAAUGACAGCCCGCUCGAAGUUGCUAUCGGAUCCCGUGCUACUCUCAAGAACAUGGGUUAUGGUGGUGGUCUUCUUCAUUCCCACGUCCAAACUUACCCAGAAGGCUCCCAGCAACAACAGAUCACUUGUUACCAUCACAAAGAUGCCAAUAAUGACUGGUUCAUCUACCCCAACCGCAGCCAGAAAGACUACGAGGUCGGCGAGGAUCUGAGAUUCAUCAAGAACAACGAUGUCAUCCGUCUCAUUCACGCCCAAACCGGUCGCAACUUGCAUUCCCACACCAUUGCUGCCCCUGUCACCAAGGCCGAUUACGAAGUUUCUUGCUACGGCAACACCACCGUUGGAGACGAGAAGGAUCACUGGAAAAUCGAAGUUGUCAGGGAUGCUGCAUCUAGAGAUUACAGCAAAAUCAGAACUUUGACCACCGCCUUCCGUCUUAAGCACCCCGUCCUCAACUGCUACCUUAGAGCCGGCAAUGUUAAUCUCCCACAGUGGGGUUUCAAACAAAUCGAAACCUCUUGUGUCAAGGAGAACAACCCUCGAGACCAAUACACCCACUGGAACAUUGAAAGUCACUGGAACGAGAAGCUCCCACCAGCCAAGAAGGAUGCGUUCAAGAGCCCCUUCUGGAACGACUUCGUUCACUUGAACGUUGCUAUGAUGACCUCCAACAACGCCCUCGUUCCCGACCCAGAUAAGCAGGACGAUCUAGCUUCUCAACCAUGGCAAUGGCCAAUCCUUCACGUCGGUUUGAGGAUGUGCGGUUGGGAUAAUCACAUUGUCAAAUACUUCUUGCUCGGCAAUCCUGCCGUCUAUUGGGGCGCAUUUGCCAGUUUGUUUGUUCUCGGAUUUAUGAUCCUUACCUACCUCGUUAGAUUCCAGAGAGGUUUCCCAGACCUUACACAGGACCAAAUCGAUCACAUCAAGUUAGCCGGUUUGUAUCCAGCUAUUGGAUGGGUCCUCCACUUCAUCCCCUUCGUUAUCAUGGCUCGUGUUACAUACGUUCACCACUAUUACCCGGCCCUUUACUUCGGUAUCCUUGUCUUCGGCUUUUGCUUUGAUUGGCUCACCAACCUGCUCCCUACCAACGCUCGACUUGCCUCUUUCGGUGUCGCGUAUACCAUUGUUACCGGGCUUUAUAUCUACUUCAUCCCAAUCUGCUUUGGCAUGGUUGGAGAUGCAGCCGAUUACGCCUAUUUGAAGUGGUUCGACCGAUGGAGAAUAUACGGUUAA